AUGCCCAUAACAUCUUUAGAAUCUUUUCUCUUUGAAAGAAAACUUGUCAGUGUGAGCCCCGUAGAGAUUCUUCGGAACUCCACACUAGGAAUUGAUGUUGAGCAUUACUUAGGGAGGAUAUACACUUUCAAGAAGGAACAGUUACUAUUUGGCAUUGGUGGGGUCCCCGUCUCGCUUAAAGCAUACAUUGAAUCUGAUUUGAAAGUUUUUAAAGAGUAUAAUAUCCGUCCUCUUUUUAUUAUCCCAGGCUUGCCAAUUCGAAGAAAUGAGGUCUCGAGGAAUGAAUUGAGCGAUUCAGAAAAGCAUCGGGAAACAACUUGGUCGCGACUUCUGUCAAAGCUUGCCAACACGACUGGAACGAGUCCCAUGCAUUUCAAUGAAUCGUUUCGCCUUCAUAACGAUCUGAUUUCUUCGCGUCCAAUGGUCAACGAUCUCAUCAAAUAUUUCAUCGAGUUAGGAAUAGACUUCAUUGUUUGUCCGAGCGAUCCCUCGCAUCAAUUAUCCUACUUAUACCAAACUGACAUUGUCGAUUGUAUAUAUGGAUCGACAGACCUUUUGCUCACCAAAAUUGAUCGAUUCAUCUUGGGCAUGGAGUUUUUAUCUAAGGAUUUCAGAUAUGUUGAAAAGAAAAAAGUUCUUUCUGAACUCAACUUGACUGAAAGAGAAUUCGUCGAUAUUAGUAUUAUUGUGGGAUGUUCCGCACAGCCCUUAACUUUCUCAAGUCUACCACCAUUGCCCAAACAAAAUCAGGUGACUCAAUUCCAACAGAUGACACACUUCAAGUAUGCUUUGGAACUUAUGUACCAGUAUAAGACAUUCCACAAUGAAUCCAACCUUUUUGCCUACGUUUCUUCUUUGAACGACGAAGAGCUUAUGAAUCUUUACUUAAAGGGUAAUGCCGCUGUGAAGUACAUGCCUGUAAUGAAUACAGAUGGCAAGGUUGAAUUAUACAUCUCCAGCUUAGGGGAAUCGAGGAGAUUUGAGACUUAUGAAGGUUUUCAAGAUGAUCUUGAACAGAGCGAUAGUGAUACGAAGGAAGCAAAGAUGAGUAUCCCAGCUGAUAUCCAUGAUGCUAUUUCUCAAAGGCUCCCUUCUGAGAUGUAUUUUUACGUUUCGAUUGGUUUAUUGCCCAGUGAAAUACUUGAAUCUAUUGCAUUCAACGUAUUGAAUGUUCGGCCUCCUUUAGAGGGGGGCCCUUGUGAGAACUUCAAAACAUUGGUCUCGUCAAAAUUUGUCAAUAACGUUCUCGACUCGCAUUUCAAUCUAGUCACUCAGCUACUAGCAAGAUACUAUCAGGUGAAGCGUAUACCAGUCAGCUUCUGGUAUAGCACCGAGACGCAGGUACUCAACUCCAGGAUGAGCCCGCCAAUGGCGAUGCGUCUUAGUUCAAAACUCUUAAGAAAAUGUCGAGAACACUUCCUGUUAGCAAGAUUUGGUCAAGAUAUGUCCCUUGUAAUCGAUGCUUCACGUGUUGAUGAAGCUGUUGAGCUCGUUCAUGUUGGCGACAUCAUUGCAACAUCGGUUUGGAGGGCUUUGUCAUUACUUGAUCAUGCUAAACCAGGGCUCGAAUAUACGCCCUAUGUAAUCAACACACUACAAGAAUUAACAAUGGUUCAUCCAGAGCUAAAAGGCGAUGAGCUUGAAAACCUCGUCAUUUUAGCUUUGGUAGUUCGACUUGGAUGCUAUGAUUUAUUCACGAUAGACAAAGGAUAUCAGAGUGUCCCCGAAAAUUUCAAAGUGGACAAGAAAACAACGGGUUUCACGGAAAAUGAUGAAGCGUUGUUUAUUUCCAUCAUUGCCAGAGUUUGUUCUUUACAAAAGUUGCGAAUUAAUCCUAUUAAUUACCAGGGGCCUAUUUCAAGAAGCUUACUAGGUUUCAGGACCAUACAUGAGUAUUUGAGGCGUAUGCUAGGCAAUUCAAUUAGGGUUUGCACUGUUGACUUGAUCACACGACUGUCAAAUCUAAAAACACUAUUUCAAAAUAGGGAGGAGUGGUACGCAUUGGUGAAUCAGCUUCCAUUUUAUUCUUCCGCCAAUAAUACACUUCUUGGCGUCAUGACUGAAAUUUAUCUAGAUGGGUGUUCAAAGUUUUCACGCAUUGGACACGACGAUGAAGAAAGCCGGACCAUGUCUUUGAAUCACCUCCUUGAGGAGGUGAUGCAGCAAUCCAACCAUUCUUACAACAUCAAUUUGGCGAGCAAUAACAGUGUAAAUACUACCCAGAUGAUCUCGGACUUACGCUGUGCUAUGAGAUUCUGGAAGUAUUUCGUAUCCACAGUUAAGAUCAGCUGUCGAAGAGAUGUUGACUUUAUAGACAAAACUGCAUUGGAAGUGAUUCAAAUGUGCGAUGAGUUUGUUGACCGAUUCAGCCUCUCUUGA